AAAUAUGUGCUUACCUCGUAUAUGUUCUCUCUUCUCAGGCUUAUUAAUUCUCUGCAGAUAAACUGCAGAAGAAAGAAGAGAUCCGAGCUAGAGCCAUAAUAAUCCCUUAGUCUAUAGAAUCACAAAGAAAAAAUGGGAUUCUGGUCAUUGUUGGAGGUGGCUUCUAUGCCGGUUAUUCAAGUUCUUGUCAUGAGUCUUGUAGGAGCUUUCUUGGCCUCUGAUCGUUGCAAGCUCUUCCCUGUUGAAGCCCGUAAUUCCAUGAACAAGGUGGUGUUUGUACUAUUUGCACCGGCUCUCAUGUUUGCCAAUCUAGCUCAGACGGUGACACUUGAAGACAUUAUCUCAUGGUGGUUUAUGCCGGUGAACAUGGGACUUACAUUUCUAAUCGGAGGACUUCUUGGGUGGAUGGUUGUUAAGAUUUUGAAACCACCUCCUUACCUUGAAGGUCUUAUUGUUGCAACUUGUUCUGCAGGAAAUAUGGGGAACCUACCAAUCAUACUUGUCCCAGCAAUCUGCGACGAGGACAAGAGUCCGUUUGGUAACCGAAGUGUAUGUAGAACCGUCGGGCUCUCUUACGCGUCUUUCUCCAUGGCGCUAGGGGGUUUCUACAUAUGGACAUACACAUUUCGGUUGAUAAAAGGGUCCGCAAUGAGAAUUCAAGCCAUAGAAGAAUCUGAGAGAACAGCAAUUAAAUCAUCCAAUAGCGACUUAGAGGCUGAUCAUAAGACCCAUCUCCUCGGUGCACCCGAAGAUAAGGAAAACAAAGUGGUAAAGGAAGAGACAGGGUUUUGGAGGAAAGUAGUAGACUUCCUCCAUGAGAUAUUGGAGGAACUUCUCGCACCACCUACACUUGGUGCAAUUAUCGGUUUCAUCUUCGGUGCAGUUAGAUGGCUCAGAAAUCUUAUCAUAGGUGAUGAUGCUCCUUUACGAAUAGUACAAAGCACUGCAAAACUUCUUGGAGAUGGGACCAUUCCUUGUAUGACUAUUAUACUAGGGGGCAACCUCAUACAAGGUUUACGUUCUUCGGCAGUCAAACCGGUGGUUGUUCUUGGAAUAGUCUGUGUUCGGUACAUAAUUAUGCCAAUUAUCGGUAUAGGCAUUGUACUAACAGCUGCGAAUCUCGGAUUUCUUCCAGCGGAUCCUUUGUUUCAAUAUGUUUUGAUGCUUCAAUUCACCCUCCCGCCUGCCAUGAAUAUUGGUACCAUGACACAGCUGUACAAUGUUGCGCAAGAUGAGUGCUCAGUGCUCAUGCUUUGGACCUACUUGGUCGCAAUACUGGCCCUCACUGUAUGGUCCACCAUCUUCCUUCACUUGUUAGUCUAGAGAACCUGCAACUCUGUAUGAGCACAAGAAGAUUCUAUCUCUCUACAACUACAGAGACCAUGGGAAAAACAGAUGCCGAAGCUCUGCUCAAGGGAUCUUACCAUUCUUUUUGUCUAUCACAUAAAAUUUGAUCAUAACU